AUGGCAUCCAGAACUAUGUGGCUGUUCCUCCUGCUGGGCUGUGUGUCAAGCCCUGGAGGCCUUGGUGAUAACAUUUUCAGACCCAGCUGCCCUUCUGGAUGGUUUCACCAUAAGUCCCAUUGCUACGGUUACUUCCGGAAGUUGAGGAGCUGGUCUGAUGCGGAGCUGGAGUGUCAGUCCUAUGGGGAAGGGUCCCACCUGGCAUCCGUCCUGAGUCAAAAGGAAGUCAGUGUCCUAUCAGAAUACAUAAGCGGUUACCAAAGAAGCCAGCCUGUAUGGAUUGGCCUGCAUGACCCACACAAGACACAGCAUUGGGAAUGGACUGAUGGAUCCGCGUACCUGGACAGAUCCUGGCGGGCCAGGGCCAUGAGUGGGGACGGGUACUGUGCUCACCUGACUCCCAGGAGCAAAUUCUUAACGUGGAAUGAAACUCAAUGCAGCAAGCACCAACACUUCCUGUGCAAGUACCGGCCGUAG